AUGCAAGAGAGUCCGAGAGAUACUGAGAUCAAGCUGAGGGAGGGAGAGGCCAGGGAAGAAGAGAAAGAAUGGCUGCAGGAGGACCACGGCUCAGCCGUGAAGACCUCAGCAGCAGCUGCAGUGAGCCCACAGCCCGACGGGAAGGGGAAGGGGGCCCCACCUGCAGGGACAGCCCCGCUACUGAGCCCACCCCAGCCCCCGGAUCUGGGUCCAUGACCCAAAGUGGGUGACCUUCUUCCUGGGCACUACAGGCUGGUGUUCUUCGAACAGGAGAACUUCCAGGGCUGACGAGUGGAAUUCUCAGGAGAGUGCUUGAACCUGGGAAGCUGUGGCUUCGAGCAGGUCACCUCCAUGGUCCCUCUUAUGUCCAGUUGGGUGGCCUUUGAACUGUCCAACUUCUGAGGAGAGACGUUUGUCCUGGAGAAAGGAGCGUACCCAGCCACCGCUCGCAACAGGCUGAUGUCCUUCUGGCCAGUCAGGAUGGCGAGAGUGGAGCACAAGAUCUGUCUGUUUGAGGGUGCCGAUUUCAAGGGCAGCACCAUAGAGGUCCAGGAGGAUGACGUGCCCAGUCUCUGAGUCUAUGGCUUCCGGGACCGAGUGGGCAGUGUGCGGGUUUCCAGGACCCUGGCUUCUUGUCCACGGAGGUUCUUCCCAGCCCAUCACUCUCUGCGCACUAGCAAGCCCUUUGUGUGGAUGCGGCUGGUCGGUGCCAUGGACAGCGGAGGGGACGCCCAGUCCUGCGCCAGCCUCACAAUCGCGCUGAGGUUUGCGCUCACCGAUGCAGCCACUGUCUGGGUUGCCUAUCAGUAUCUGGGCUAAUGUGGGUACUAGUCCCUUCUGGAGCAUGGGCACUUCUGGCACUGGAAUGAGUAGGGGGCCUUCCAGCCACAGAUGCAAGCCAUGUGCUGCCUGUGAGACAGGCAGUGGCACCCGGAGAAGGGCAGCAGCCCCGCCCUAGUGCCCAAGGUGUCCAAGUGA